AUGGCAUCGCUGAGUGCCGACCUUUUCUACGACAUACUCAAGCGUCUCGAUGCUGCAGCUCUGGCAAGAGCAGGCUGUGCCUGCGCUGAUUUCCGUGCCAUAUCAAAUGAAGAGGAUCUGUGGGAAAAUGCUUGCACAUCUCUGUGGCCAUCAACGAGACGAGAUGAUGUCAGGAGCUUAAUUGUUUCCGUUGGUGGAUUCAGGAAGUUUUAUGCAGAUUGUUUCACCCUUAUAUUGAACAAGGAUGUCCCUGUGGUUCAAACUAAUGAAAGUAAUUUCUUUGCCGAAGAAUGGGCCGAGUCUGACUGCUACUACUACGAUGACAUGGAUGAGCUUGAAAACUCAUUGCCUUCAGACUUCAUAUCUCUGAUUGAUGUAUGGUACAAAGACCGUGCACUCUACUCAAAGGUCAUAUGGGGAAUCCCCAACUCAGACAGUGCCAAUGGAUGGUUCUAUAACUACCCGUUCCGGAUAGACUUGUUUCAACACUCAGCUGAAAACAAUGAGAACAAUAAUGGAGAGGUAUCCCUAUCCACCAUCAAUGACUUACCAUCGGUGCCCUCGAUGGAGCAAGAAAGGAAAGACGGGAAGCUAUGGAGGGAACUGAAUGAUGGCAUAAAGUUGAGCUGGAUCAUUGUCAACCGAAAGAUGAAGCGAGCAGUGAACCUGACAAGUUGGCACCCGCUGAGUGGGCAGAGGCACUGGCCAACGGAUACUGAUUUCGUUCUACGGUUUGGGUCUGUCCUUCCGGCAAAGGAGGUCCUGCCCUGCCAGGUAGCAGAAUGCAUUCUGUUGAUGAAAUUCCGUGUGACAAGCAUGGGCAGCGAGGAGGCUGGGGAACCUUCAACACUUGCGCUGACGGAACUGAGUAUGCAGAUGGAAGACAUGGGCGGUGUUCAUCUCAACGGGCGCUGCAGCCUCCUCCUUCUCAAGGAGGCGCUGAGCUGCCACCGGAGCAGGAACUAUGACGAGGUGCUGGAGUCCUGCAAUUUGUAUCUGAAGGCACAGAGUGAGCUGAAAGAAGAGAAGAUACGCAGUGAGUGCCGGUUCGACACACUCUGUAUUUUCAGUGGCAUUACAAUAUUUGCUGCUAUCUGCACCAUGUGCUAUAGAAAGUUUUAG